CUCACUCGACUGCUUCAGUCUGUUAGAUCCAAUAUGGCGGCCUCCACAGCUUCACGUGAGCUUUUCUCGGAGGGAGUCCGAGCGGUUCUGCACAGCUGGCCCGUCCUCCAGAUCGCUGUGGAUAACGGGUUUGGAGGCGUGUACGGGCAGCAGAAAGCCGAUUGGAUGGUAGACGUGGUCCAACAGUAUUUCCAUGACAACUCUGACCUGCAGCAGUCUGAGGUCGAGGACUUCAUCGCUCAGCUGAUGGAUCAGGAGUUUGACACAGUGGUGGAUGAUGGGAGUUUACCUGAGGUAACGCUCAGUCUGCAGCAGAUGUUCACUCAGUGGCAGCAGGGGGCGCUGCAGCAGCUCCAACACACCAUCAACACUCUAACCCAGAAGAAGAGUCAGAGGGCAAAGGUCACAGCUCCGCCCCCACAGUCUGAUGAAGACAGCGAUGAAGACGACACACAGGGGAUGGAGUGUGAGUCAUCCGGCCCGUCAGUCAGCAGGACAGAAGCUCCGCCCCCUCAGGAAGAAGAUGACGGCUGGACGGUGGUGCGAAAGAAGAAGUGAACAGAGGGAGCUGACCUAUGACCUCAACAAAGGACUGUGUGUGUGUGUGUGUGUGUGUGUGUGUGUGUGUGUGUGUGUGUGUGUGUGUGUGUGUGUGUGUGUGUGUGUGUGUGUGUGUGUGUCAAACCAUUUUAUAUUAAACAUGAAAAAUCAGCUGCUGUUUUUAUCCUCUCUGCUUUCAUCAUACUGUGACAUCACACUACUGGGAUGGAAGACCUUCUCCCUCAGGGUCAGGGGUCAAAGGUCAGGGUAAGAUUCAUGAGUCAGGGAUUAUUAAAAGGUCGGAGGUCAAAAUUCAGAAAUUUUUAUUUUGACGGAAGACAUUUCACACUGACAGACACGUAGAAAAAAAAUUUGUCUCUGGUGAUGUCACUGCUGAUGUCAUCGAUACAGGGAAGCGGGGUAGGCGGUGGGGGGGGGGGGUCAGAGGUUAUUUCAAGGCACUAUUUAUUACAUGAAUACAGGUGAGGAGGUCAGAGGUCAUCCUAGGACCACGCCCCUCCGGAGAAAAAUACUGUCAUCAGUAACUGAGAGGUUCAGGUGCUAACAGGAAGCUACAGUGUUUACGUCCAAUCCAAAGCUGACUUUCAUCAUCACAGGCGUUCAGGAGUCUCUGAUCAGUAACCAAUAACUUUCAUAAACAGCGAGAAGUGAAGUUCAAAUUAACUCGAGAAAAUAAAUCAACAAGAGUCGGAAAAAAAGAAACAAGACGAGAAAAGUUUGAGAAAGAAGCUGAACUGUGAAGAACAGAAAACAGAGCUCAGGCUGAAUCCAAACAACACCUGAAGAGGAGCGCUCUUUAACAUUUACAGGAUCAGAACUCAGAG